CGAUGACAUCAUUUCACUGCAGGUGAUGGAGAUUUUCGAGCGCUUCCCGGCAGAUACAGCGCGUGGGCGUAGCAGCGCUGGCGUGGCUCCGCAUUUUAAUGAAGUAGGUGGAGUUACAGUCCAUUUUUGAGGAUGAGGUGUGUACGGGUUUCGCUUUGUGGGAUUGUGCUGCUAAUGCAUGUUAUGAUAACCAAUUCACAAACCUCAGAUAAUUCACCUAGGAACUGUUCUCAGUUUGCUUCAUGCGAUAGCUGCAUCAGCGGAGACCCGACCCUCAAUCUCACACGAUGUGUCUGGCUAAGUUGUAAUGACGGAAAUGACACUAGAUGCAUGUCUGACACUGAAGAUUUUGGGGACUGUUCUGUCUUCAAUAAGACUGGCAUGUGCCAAAUAGACAGCAGCACCUCUGAUGAUGGUGGCAAAGAUAACACAACCCCUGAGUUCUCUCAAGCAUCAUUUGACCUGUCCAGCUUCAUUGGGGGAAUCAUCUUAGUGCUGGUAUUGCAAGGCGGGGGAUUUUUUGUCAUGCGCUUCCUCAAAACCAAAGACAGCUCCUAUGAAACUAUUGACCCACCUCAGUGAAAAAAGGAGUCAUGAAUGGGACAGAAAAUCUCAGAAAAAAAGAAAGAAAUGGAUGUUCAGAGGGAUGAAUGCAACAUCGGAGUGUUAAAGCCACUUUUUUUCCUUCUUUUUGUUGGCCCUAAAACGUUAUAUUUAUUUGUUAAAUGUAUAAUUGAAAUAUAUUCCCUUCGGUUCUUGAAUGACAAACACGUUGUGUAUGUGGGUGUGUGUGUUACAUUAGAUAGGGUCUAGAGAUGUGACAAGAGAAUGAUACAGACAUAUUAUGACAAAUAUGCUAGAGGAUUGUUAACAUCUGAGUAUAUGUUUAUGAUAGUCUCUUGCGU